AAGAUUCCAAUGGAUGGAUAACAUUAGCAUCGAAUGAUAUGAAUCUCAAAGAUGGUUAUGGACAAGCAAAAGCUGUUGUUGAACAAAUAUUAUAUACUGCUUCAACAUUAGGUGCGGAUAUUGUCGUUAUUCGACCUUGUACGAUAUCUGCUGAUACUCGAACAGGUUAUAGUAAUCUUUUCGAUUUUAUCAAUUUGUUAUUACUCGCCGAAGUUGAAAUGGGAUGUAUGGUUGAAAAUGCUGAUUUACAAUUACAUUUUAUACCAGUAGAUUAUUGUUCCAAAGCUAUAGUUGCUUUAGCUAUGCAUCCUGAUAGUGGAGGACAUUGCUUUAAUUUCUAUGGAAAUGGUUUAAGUAUUUCAUGUCUACAUAAUGGACUUGUUCAACGAUUACCUGAUGUAAUAAAGAGAAAAAUCGAACAGAACAAUUGGAAACAAUAUGUAUUGAAGAAUCUGCCUGAAAAUAGUCCAGCAUGGCGAAUGAAAGAGCAAAUUGCUUCAAUGAUAUUCACAAGUGGAAAUUUUCAACAAGAAAAAUCCGGUGUUCGAAUAGAAAUGACCAAAGACUUUCUCGAGAAGAAAUGUAAUAUGAAUUGGUUCGAAGUGACAGAGCAAGAUUUAAUUAAAUCAAUUGAAUAUAUGAUUGAUGUUGGGUUUCUAUCUCGCCGAUCAUCUUAA